CCCCCCCCCACCUCCCUUCAUCCUCUCGCGCGCGGCAAGAUGGCGGCGCUGAGCAAGUCCAUCCCCCACAGCUGCUACGAGAUCGGGCACACCUGGCACCCGCGCUGCUCCGUCGCCGUCCUGCAUGUCACGCAGAGUGCGCUGGCCGAAUCCCUCCGCAUCUACGGCACUCUGUACCUGAUUGCAGCUAUUCUCAGGAAACGAAAACUUGACUAUUAUUUGCACAAACUGCUACCUGAGAUCUUGCAAUCAACUUCCUUUCUGACAGCAAAUGGGACCUUGUAUAUUGCUUGCUUUUGCAUUCUAAGGAAACUGCUUGGAAAAUUCUACUUUUGGUCUCCUGGCUUUGGUGCUGCUUUACCAGCUUCUUAUAUGGCUAUUCUCAUCGAAAGGAAAAGCAGGAGAGGUCUCCUCACAAUUUACAUGGCAAAUCAAGCCACUGAAACGUUGUUCCGAAUGGCAGUAGCAAGAGGAGCAAUCACACCAUUAAGACAUGGAGAAGUCCUUUUGUUCUGCAUCACAUCUGCUCUGUUCAUGUUCUUUUUCAGGUGCAAAGAUGGCUUGAAGGGAUUUACAUACUCUGCACUGAAAUUCAUUGUAGGGAAAGAAGAAAUCCCCACUCAUUCAUUUUCACCUGAAGCAGCAUUUUCAAAAACAGAGAGAAAAAUGAAGCCCUGUGAAAAAAUAUCACAGCGAAUGAACUUGUUGGCUCUAACAAAAAAGCUGAUGGACAAAGUGUGCAAACAUGGCCCAAGGCAUAGAUGCUGUAAACACUAUGAAGAUAAUUGCAUCUCAUAUUGUAUUAAAGGUUUCAUUAGGAUGUUUAGCAUUGGUUACCUGAUCCAGUGCUGCCUUCGGAUCCCAUCUACCUUCCGGCAUCUGUUUACAAAGCCAUCCCGGCUACUUUCACUCUUCUACAACAAGGAAAAUUUCCAGCUUGGAGCUUUUCUGGGAUCUUUUGUCAGUAUAUACAAAGGUACAAGCUGCUUCCUGCGCUGGGUACGGAACCUAGAUGAUGAGCUUCACGCGCUUGUAGCUGGGUGUCUAGCUGGAAUUUCUAUGAUGUUCUACAAAAGUACUACUAUCUCUAUGUAUCUGGCAUCCAAACUAGUAGAGACAAUAUACUUCAAAGGCAUUGAAGCAGGGAAGGUUCCCUAUUUUCCUCAUGCAGACAGCGUCAUCUAUGCCAUUUCUACAUCAAUAUGCUUUCAGGCAGCUGUCAUGGAAGUUCAGAACCUGAGACCUUCAUACUGGAAAUUCCUUUUACGACUAACAAAGGGCAGGUUUGCUUUGAUGAACAGGAAAGUUUUGGAUGUAUUCGGUACUGAAGCAUCCAGGAACUUCAAGGAUUUCACACCUAAGCUUGACCCAAGAUACACUGUUGUACCACCAGAGCUACCUCUGGAGCUGUCAUGAAAAUUAUAGUAUACCUUGUCAUUGAAUGUGACCAGCGUUUUGUCCUGAAAAGUUGAAUAACUUAACAGUAAUGUAUAUGGAGGAGGGCUUUGGCUCCACUUCAGUGUUAUUUCAAUGAGAAAUGCUUUUUACCAAUCAAAAGUACUGGAGCUUUGUAGGAAGGUGUGGCUUAGUGAUUAAGCCUCUUCCACGUACAGAACUGAUUUCUGAGUUACUGUAGUUGGCUGACAACAUGGUAGAUUCCUGAAUGAAUUAAACAAAUGAGUAAUAUAUUUAGAGAAGUAAAACAUACAUAAAACUCAAAUAUGCAUCAUGAUUUCAAGAAUUUUAUUCAUACCAGUAGAAUACUUGGUAAAACCGAAACUAAUUUUGAAAUUAGAAGGGAAAAUGUAUGGCAUGGGUUAAGUCCAGAAUUUCACCUGAUCUUAAACCUAUUGCAGUCUGGCGAAAACGUCUCCUUGGCUUUCCCAAUUGAUCGCUGUUUUAUCUCAAAAGAGCCACUGCCCACUCAUUAUUUAAAAGGACAAUAUUUUUACAGAGCUGUGGUUGCAAAGUGAGGCAUUCCUUAGUGAAAGAAAAAAAAGUGCUUUAGUGCAGAAAUCACAUUCCAGGGCUGUAAAUCCCAGUGACGAUACAGAAAACAGACAAGGAAAAUAAAAAGGCAAUACCAGCGACUUGUGCGUAAGGAACAGCAGGGUGUGGUGGUUUGCAUUUGCCAAGUGGAAAAUGACAAAACAGGCAGGGGAAGGAAUGAAAUGUUUCAGCCUCCGAGAUGGUACUGGAAACAGCAGUUACAAAAAUAAAAAGCCGAGAACAAAACAAAACAAAAUCCUCCAAAAUAUACUAAAAUUAAAUGUUUAUUUUUAAAGGCCUCAACAUUGUCCCUUUAGAUGGCAUUGGCUUGUUUGUCAAGCAGCAUGCCAGCCAGCAUUUCCAGUGGCCUUUCGAAGGGAACUGACCUCUGAGGUUACAUUGUUUUGAUGAUCAUAUUGAUAGUGUUUUGUCCUUAUAUUUGGUGAAGAAUGGCUUUCUACUGCCCAUCACACAGCCGUAACUAUGACAGUUACAUUAAAUCUGAUACUGAACCCAAUGCAAGUAAACACCUAUUCAAAUUCCAUCUCAUUUUUAUCCUACGUAUUUCUACAUAUACUAAUUUGUGUUCUAAAGCAAGACCUUUACAUGCUAAUUACCUUUUUGUCUUUUUCUUUCCUAGACUCCAUUCAUGUGAAUGGUGUUUGUUGCUCUAGAACUUAAUGGAAAGUUGAACUAUGUUUGCAUUCAACUGAAAAGACAUGUGGUAAGCCAGGGAGUAAAAGCUAAACUAUGUUGCACGUAUUUUAAGAAGAAAAAAAGAAGAAGAAAUCAAUGUUUCUGCUGAAAGUCUUUGUCAGAUAAUAUGAACUGGAUUAAUUAUUAGAACCUUUGUCUUGUAACGCUGUAAUCCUACCCCAGAAUUACGCAUAAUUCUCAUUAAUUUCAUAUUACUGAACAAAAAGUCAUUUUAUUGAAUUUACAGAGAUGUCAGGCAAAUUGUACCAGUCUGAGCUUCUUCAUCAGCUGUUGUAUCAGUGAUUCUCUAUCACUGUUUCUUUAAAGCAGCAGUUGUCUGAGUUAGUGUGAAUACAAUUCUGCACGCCAGUUAAUAAGCAAUAUUUUACUGCUGGAAAUAUUAUUUUAAAAUUCCUCAGAAGGAAAUAAAACCUAAUUCAACAAGAAGUUUAAAAGGAUUGUAAUAGGUUUGUAGUGUUUUUCCACUGGAAUAUGGUCUAAAGUAUUUGACCGUGUAAAAUCUGAGAAGUUAUAUAUUUUAGGUAACACGUUAGAACUCACACUCUAUCUUAUGAAUGCUUUCUGGUAUAUAUAACUAUAUGCUGUUCUCAAACUUCAAAAUAUUUUAUAAAUGGAUUAAUUUUCUUCACUGGAAUGAUAAUUGUGAUUGUUUCUCUAUUUGAGUUUAAAAAAAUAAAAAUCCAAGUCCUACAUCUCAGCAGCUAAAAGUUUUGUCUUAAGUUUUCUUGCUUCCAAAAUUCAGUCCUUGUUUUAUUUUCAUGUAAUAUAAGAAACAAAAUAAAUUAUUUUUAUUCAAAUCAAAUAUAUGUAAGAAAAAAAAAAAAAAAGUAAAGUCCUAAUGUUUUUCCCAAUAAUAAAGAGUUGCUGCUUGAAAAAAA